AAUAAUCGGAUACACUCAGUCCCUCUGAGUGCUAGGAUUUUGGAGUGGGAAGGAGCCUCUACUACAGUCAAAGAAACUGAGGCCAGGGAGGGAAAGUGAUAUCACUCAGCUGGAGGACGCUGCACCCCCUGCCCGCCCAGUGCCACCCCAGAGAGGACCUCACCUUGGCUUCAGAUGUUUCAUCAGCAGCCCAGACAUCCCACCAUUCGUCACGCUUUGGGAUUAACGUGACCGUGCCAGGUGGAUCAGCAGCCCUCCCGGUGCCCUGCUUGUUGGGGGUGCCGAGAGCGGGGAGACAUGGAGGAGAGUAAGAAUGAGGCAACAAACCGUGCUCAUGUCCUCUUUGACCGGUUUGUGCAGGCCACCACCUGUAAGGGGACCCUCAAGGCCUUCCAGGAGCUCUGUGACCACCUGGAGCUGAAGCCUAAGGACCACCGCUCCUUCUACCACAAGCUCAAGUCCAAACUUAACUAUUGGAGAGCCAAGGCCCUCUGGGCAAAGCUGGACAAGCGGGGCAGCCACAAAGACUACAAGAAGGGGAAAGCGUGCACCAACACCAAGUGUCUCAUCAUUGGAGCUGGCCCCUGUGGUCUCCGCACAGCCAUCGAUUUAUCUUUACUGGGAGCUAAGGUGGUUGUUAUUGAGAAACGAGAUGCCUUCUCGCGCAACAAUGUCUUGCAUCUCUGGCCAUUCACCAUACACGAUCUACGAGGUUUGGGUGCCAAGAAGUUCUAUGGCAAGUUCUGUGCUGGAGCCAUUGACCACAUCAGUAUCCGUCAGCUUCAACUGAUACUGUUGAAAGUAGCCUUGAUCCUAGGCAUUGAAAUCCAUGUCAACGUGGAAUUCCAAGGACUUGUGCAGCCUCCUGAGGACCAAGAAAAUGAACGGAUAGGUUGGCGGGCACUGGUGCACCCCAAAACCCACCCUGUAUCAGAAUAUGAAUUUGAGGUGAUCAUUGGAGGAGACGGCCGCAGGAACACCUUGGAAGGAUUUCGUCGGAAAGAGUUUCGGGGCAAGCUGGCCAUUGCCAUUACAGCAAAUUUUAUUAACCGAAAUACAACUGCAGAAGCCAAAGUGGAAGAGAUCAGUGGUGUGGCUUUUAUAUUCAACCAAAAAUUUUUCCAGGAACUGAGGGAGGCCACAGGGAUUGAUUUGGAGAACAUUGUCUACUACAAAGAUGAUACUCACUAUUUUGUUAUGACAGCCAAGAAGCAGAGUUUACUGGACAAAGGGGUGAUACUGCAUGACUAUGCUGACACGGAGCUCCUGCUAUCCCGGGAGAAUGUGGACCAAGAGGCGCUGCUCAACUACGCCAGGGAGGCGGCGGACUUCUCCACCCAGCAGCAGCUGCCAUCCCUGGACUUUGCCAUCAACCACUAUGGGCAGCCUGACGUGGCCAUGUUCGACUUCACGUGCAUGUACGCCUCGGAGAACGCCGCUCUGGUGCGGGAGCACAACGGACACCAGCUCUUAGUGGCUCUGGUUGGGGAUAGCCUCCUGGAGCCUUUUUGGCCAAUGGGAACAGGAAUAGCCCGGGGCUUUCUAGCUGCUAUGGACUCAGCCUGGAUGGUGCGGAGUUGGUCUCUGGGAACGAGCCCCUUGGAGGUCCUGGCAGAAAGGGAAAGCAUCUAUAGGUUGCUGCCUCAGACCACCCCGGAGAAUGUGAGCAAGAACUUUAGCCAGUACAGCAUAGACCCUGUCACAAGAUACCCCAACGUCAACGUCAACUUCCUCCGGCCAAGCCAGGUACGCCAUUUGUAUGAUACUGGAGAAUCAAAAGAUAUUCAUCUGGAGAUGGAGAACCUGGUGAAUUCCCGGACAACUCCGAAGCUAGCUCGCAAUGAGUCUGUGGCUCGUUCAAGCAAACUGCUGGGUUGGUGCCAAAGGCAGACAGAUGGCUAUGCCGGGGUGAACGUGACAGACCUCACCAUGUCCUGGAAAAGCGGCCUGGCCCUGUGUGCGAUUAUCCACAGAUACCGCCCUGAUCUGAUAGAUUUUGAUUCUUUGGAUGAGCAAAAUGUGGAGAAGAAUAACCAGCUGGCCUUUGAUAUUGCUGAGAAGGAACUGGGCAUUUCUCCCAUCAUGACAGGCAAAGAGAUGGCCUCGGUGGGGGAGCCGGACAAGCUGUCCAUGGUGAUGUACCUGACCCAGUUCUACGAGAUGUUCAGGGACUCGCUCCCCUCCCGAGACGCCUUGGAGCUGAAUGCUGAGGAGAGAGCCAUCCUGAUUGCCAGCACUAAAUCCCCCAUCUCCUUCCUGAGCAAGCUUGGCCAAACCAUUUCUAGGAAGCGUUCUCCCAAGGACAAAAAGGAAAAGGACUUGGAUGGUGCCGGGAAGAGGAGAAAGACCAGCCAGUCAGAAGAGGAGGACGCGCCCCGGGGCUACCGAGGAGGAAGGCCCACACUGGUGAGCACGCUGACCGACCGGAGGAUGGACGUGGCCCUUGGCAACCAGAACAAAGUGAAGUACAUGGCAACCCAGCUGCUGGCCAAGUUUGAGGAGAACGCGCCCCCACAGUCCACGGGCGUGAGGAGACAGCCUACACAAGAGCGUGGGCUCAGCCAGUCGUCCUGCUGUCUACCUGAGCAGGGUCGCCCUGCUCCCACCCCCCGGUGGAAACAGCGACAGGAAAAGGAACGUUCUCGGACCUGCCCCAAAAAAGUGAUCACACUCUCUCCUCCCCCUGUUCCACCUCCCUGUCCGGCACAUGGCGGCCAGCAGACGUGCAGGGAUCUUGAUGCUGACAGCCGUGGCAAGCAGAGUCCCCACCACGAGAGGCCAGAGCCUGAGCCUUCUCGUCGAUUUUUUGUCGACCAGUGGGAGCUUUCUCUAAGCCUCCGCUCCUCCGGCCGCCCCGCCUCUCCCUCCUCUGACUCCCUCCGACAGAAGUAUAUAAAGAUGUACACGGGCGGAGUGAGCUCAUUGGCUGAGCAGAUAGCCAAUCAGCUUCAAAGGAAAGAACAGCCUAAAACCCUUCUAGACAAGAAGGAACUGGGCUCAAUAAAGAAGGAGUUCCCACAGAACUUGGGAGGCAGCGACACGUGCUAUUUUUGUCAGAAGCGAGUCUAUGUGAUGGAGCGGCUGAGCGCCGAGGGCAAGUUCUUCCAUCGGAGCUGCUUCAAGUGCGAGUACUGUGCCACCACCCUGCGCCUGUCCGCCUACGCCUACGACCUUGAGGAUGGUAAAUUCUACUGCAAACCACACUACUGUUACCGGCUGUCUGGCUCCGCACAGAGGAAGAGACCAGCAGUGGCUCCUUUGUCUGGAAAGGAGACCAGGGGACUUCUGCAGGAUGGCCCCACCGCAGACACCAACGGACGGUCCAGCUCCAGUGCCAGCCCUGCCGAGAGAACUCCAGGUUCCGGUGUGAAUGGCCUAGAGGAGCCCAGCAUCGCCAAGCGGCUACGGGGCACCCCAGAAAGGAUUGAACUGGAGAACUACCGUCUGUCGGUGAGGCAGGCUGAGGGGCUGGAGGAGGUGCCCGAGGAGACACAGGCUGAGCACAACCUGAGCAGCGUGCUGGACACAGGAACAGAGGAGGACGCGGCCAGCAGCAGCUCUGAGUCCGAGAUGGAGGAGGAGGAGGAAGAGGAGGAGCCCCCACUGCCCGCCUCGGACCUGGGCGGCGUUCCCUGGAAGGAGGCUGUGAGGAUCCAUGCUCUUCUGAAAGGAAAGAGCGAAGAGGAGCUGGAGGCCUCUGGGAGCUUUGAGCCUGGGGACGAGGACGAUGAGGACGAGGAGGAUGAGGAGGAGGAAGAGGAGGAGGACGAGUCCAGUGAAGCCGGGAACCAGAGGCUACUGCAGAGCAUAGGUGCAGCUGAUCCUUUGGAGAUCCAGGCUGACGUGCACUGGACGCAUAUUCGUGAGAACAAGCAGGAGCGAGCUGCCCCGGCCUCUGAGUCCUCUCCUUCCAGAGUGCCCGACCUUCCCUCUGUUCGCCGUGCAGCAGUGCAGGCCUGGCUGGAGUCGGUCUCCGGAGUCCCGUUUGAUGAGGAAGACCUGGAGGACGACGAGGACUCAGAGCCAGCAGAGAUAGAAGGGGAGGCAGCAGAGAAUGGGGACACAGGGGACACUGGUGCAGAGCUGGAGGAUGAUCAGCACUGGUCUGACGAUGCCCCAUCAGAGGCUGACACGGUGCGGCAACAGGCUGUGACGGGAGCUGGGCUGGAGCUGAGGGUGUCAGAAGGCAAGGAGGAGCCGCCGCCAACCCCGGCAAGGCACCAAGGGAGAGGUCCCUCCCAAGUCUCCAGCCCCACCCGGUCCCCUGAGAAGCAAGUGGUCCUCUCUUCCCCAGCCCACAGUCCUGAGGCACAGGGCGCCAGAGCCCCUCUCCCCUCUGCUGCCACCACUCUGGGGUCACCCACAGAGAGCUCUGUGCCAGAGCCCCCACCCCCCCAUGGGGAGCCCACCACAGGCCCUCCCGUCCGAUCGCAGCCGGAAGCCAGGACACCGCCCUCACCCACCAGCCCGCCGCACCGGACCCCACUGGUCCCCCUCCCCAUCUGCUCCCAACCUCAGCCGUCCUCAGAGGCCACUGUGCCAUCUCCCACCAUGUCCCCCAUCCGCUUCCAGCCCACACCAGCCAGGACAUCUACUCCCCUGGCACCCCUCCCCACAAAGAACCAAGGGGAUGCCAAGGACACCCUGGGCAGCCCCCUCGCUGUGGACGAGGCCCUGAAACGCAGCGACCUGGUGGCAGAGUUCUGGAUGAAGAGUGCCGAGAUCCGCCGCAGCCUGGGGCUCAAACCCGUGCAUCGGAGCCCAGGGCCCGAGCCUGGCUUCCAGCCCACGUCCCUGAAGGCCUAUCCAGCUGAGAGGUCCCCUCAGGGUGAAGGGCUCAGGCUCCUAAAGCCUCCCCCUAUCCCCAAGAGGCUGGGCCUGCCCAUUGCAGAGGGGGCUCAGCCCUCCCUGCCCACCCCAGGGUCCCCGCCAGACAGGGAGCUGAAGAGCCCCCGCGAGGAGCACAGAGACCUGUCCAGCAGCUCGGGGCUGGGCCUGCAGGCCAGCUCCUCCCGCACCAGGACGCCUGGCAGUCAGAGCUUCAACACCUCAGACUCCACCAUGCUCACGCCCCCCUCCAGCCCGCCGCCCCCACCCCCCGACGAGGAGCCCGCCACCCUCCCCAGGGAGCCCACGGCCCCUGCACCAGCACCCCCGCCCCCACCGCCGCCGGCCGCCUGCACUCGGUCUCCCCGGGAGGAGGCUCGGAAGUCGUUUGUGGAGAGUGUGGACGAGAUCCCCUUCGCCGACGACGUGGAGGACACAUAUGACGACCGCACGGAGGACUCGAGCCUGCAGGAGCCGUUCUUCACGCCCCCCUCCCACUGGUCCCGCCUCGAGCAGCCCUCCCGGCCGCCCAUGGCCCAGGAGAAUGGGAGGGGGCCGGUGGCAGAGAGUGGGGUCCAGCCACAGAAGCGGGGGCUGCCACUGGUCUCCGCAGAAGCCAAGGAGCUGGCCACGGAGCGCAUGCGGGCCCGGGAGAAGUCAGUGAGGAGCCAGGCGCUGAGGGACGCCAUGGCCCGGCAGCUGAGCCGGAUGAAGGAGCUGGACACAGCGGCCCCGACCCCCAGGACCCCAGCACCCCGCAGAGCCGCCGCCACGGCGCCCAAGGGCAGGGGACCCGGGCCCCAGGGCUCCGAGGAACCCACCCUCAGGCACGAGGCCACCAGUGAGGAGGUCCUGUCCCCUCCCUCAGACUCAGGGGGCCCAGAUGGCUCCGUCACCUCAUCCGAGGGCUCUAGCGGGAAGAGCAAGAAGAGAUCGUCCCUCUUCUCCCCCCGAAGAAACAAGAAGGAGAAGAAGCCCAAGGGUGAGGGCCGACCCCCAGAGAGGCCCGGCCCCCUGGAGGGGACAGCUGCCAAGCCCCGGUCCCUGUGGAAGUCCGUCUUCUCUGGGUACAGGAGGGACAGGAGGAAGAAGGGGGACGGCACGUCCUGUCCCAGCACCCCAUCCAGUGGAGGCACCAUAGACACCAGCAAGCCCGGGGCAUCUGCUGUUGUGAGAGCAGAGCUGCGGCCCCGGCGCCAGCUGAGCUGCUCAGAAGACUCAGACCUCUCCAGCGACGACGUCCUCGAGCGGGCCUCACAGAAGUCCAGGAGAGAGCCGAGAACUUACACAGAGGAGGAGCUAAACGCCAAGCUGACCCGGCGUGUGCAGAAGGCAGCUCGGAGGCAGGCCAAGCAGGAGGAGCUCAAGCGGCUGCACCGGGCCCAGAUCAUCCAGCGGCAGCUGGAGCAGGUGGAGGAGAAGCAGCGGCAGCUGGAGGAGAGAGGGGUCGCGGUGGAGAAGGCGCUGCGAGGGGAAGCAGACUAUUGGGGAGAGUCUUAUUACAGUGACCUCAUCGACUUGCACCUGGGUGUUGAGCCCAGUGGCGGGACUCCACGGCGUAGACCUCUCUCCUUCUGCCCUUGCUGUGUCCAGGAAGGCAUGGGCAAGCAGGAUGACCCCAAGCUGAUGCAGGAGUGGUUCAAGCUGGUGCAGGAGAAGAAUGCCAUGGUGCGCUAUGAGUCAGAGCUGAUGAUCUUCGCCCGGGAGCUGGAGCUAGAGGACCGCCAGAGCCGGCUGCAGCAGGAGCUCCGAGAGCGGAUGGCUGUGGAAGAUCACCUGAAGACAGAGGAGGAGCUGUCGGAGGAGAAGCAGAUCCUGAACGAGAUGCUGGAGGUGGUAGAGCAGAGGGACGCCCUGGUGGCCCUGCUGGAGGAGCAGCGGCUGCGGGAGAAGGAGGAGGACCGGGACCUGGAGGCCGCCAUGCUGUCCAAGGGCUUCAGCCUGAACUGGUCCUGAGUACCCACCAACCACCUGGACCCAGACUUGGGCAGCCUGAUGCCCCUGGGGCUCGGAUGUCCACGAGUCUGGGCAGCUCAGCCUCCUCAGAGGUCCUGACCUCCCGCUCUAGAGAGAGGAGGGCGGAGUAGGGUAGGGUGUGGGACGGAGGCCUGCCCACAGAGGACAAGGAGGAGGCUGCUCCCUGCUCCCCAAGCACCCCGGGCGGUGAGUCUGGGCUGGAAGUUCCUCCUGCUGGGGUUGGGGGGGCCACACCCCAGGCCUUUCCCUGCUGUGGCCUGGGGCCUGAACCUGCUGCAUUUUGCUUUCAAUUCACAACACUGGAAAAACCCUGACUUUGGGGGACAGCUGAGGCCCUGCAUCCGGCCCCGCUGAUGGGCCAGCGUCAUCAUAGGCCGUCCCUUUGGGCAGGAGGCCCCCAUUCUCUGCUUUGUUCCUGUGUUUGCGCCAAACGCAGCUGACAGCCUGGCGAGACGUGAGGCCACUUUGGACCCUCUUUGUCAAUUAACUUAUUUUUUUAAUACUUGAAAAGAAGCUACUUCAUUUUUGUAUCUUUACCAGAGACACUGAUGGCCUGGCACCUGGGGUAGCGGUUGUGGAGGUGUGGCCCAAUGGACCACAUUUAUCGCCCUAUUUAUUACCCUCCUUCGGGCCAGCCGAGACCCUUCUGUGGGUCCCCACUCAGAAGACCCCUGUCCACCUGGCACCAGACGUCCGUUUCUGUGCCAUUUGCUUGUCGAGGAUACAUUUCAGCGCUGCUGGAAGCCAAGCCACAAGGCACAGGUGCCUGCCACCCACGCUGUUGGAAUCCUGGCGCUUCAGAGCCCAUCUUAUCCUCAGUUUUGGUGCCAAGGUCUCACGUCCCACAACACUUAGAAAGUUUUAGGUGGGCUACACCAGCACGUGGGGCCUGCAGCUGGAGGCACUGUGACAGGACAGGGUGGCUGCAGUCUUGGUCACACUCACACAACAGCCCUGCACCCCCCCCACAUACCCCCCAGAGUGAGGCAUGGGGUGAGAAGCACAGUGAAGCCAGCUCUAGCCAUGGUUCCACCACAGGCCUCCGUGUGCAGUUCACAGAGCUGUUGUUGCCAAGCUCGCCCCCCAGCGUGAGCGUACAGUUGGCCCCAGGGGUCCAGUCCUGAGGCCCUUGAGCCAGCUCCUGGUGGAGCCAGGGCAGCGUGGAAGGACGAGAGGCCUCCGCACCAACCUGGGACUGUCCUUGGGGAACCGCAUCGUGCCUCAACCAGAACACAGUCAUUCUUACUGCAGAGGAGCGAAGAACUGGCUCCCUCGCUGUGUACCAGAGCUGCCAUCUCUUGUGGAAUCCAGGGACGCACUGCUUCACCCAUGGCGCCUCUGACCAUCACCUCCUGCUUUCUAAUGAGGCAGAGCCUCUAUUUUUAUUCUCGUUUCUUAAAAGGGGGAGCAGAGGGUGUUCUAGAUUCCAGCUUUAAACCCCAGCCAUCCAGUAAAACUGGGCUUGGGUUAGGAUUCAUCGCCUGUGUGGCCUUUGCCUAAUCUCACCCACCACCCGCAGGCCCUGUGACUUCCAGGCCUGCCUCUGGAGCCCCUGCCACCCGGGACGAGGACAAGUUUACAGUGGCCAGAAGGGACGUGGCCAUAUGAUAGGCUUGCGUGGCCCGAUGUAGCAGGAGCGCCUGGACACCUGCCACUCCAGAAGUGCACUGUGCCUACAGGUGUGAGGAUGGCCGGAAGGCUCCCAAGAAGCCCAGAAAUGCUCCCCAGCUCCUCCAGCAGGGCUUCUACUUCAGGUUCUAAGAGAGCACUUUUUCCUCAAGGUCCCAUUUUAUAACCACUAGUUUGCAGGUUGUCUUAGCGCCCUGCUGAUGGGCUACACGCAGUGUUUCCCAGCUCUGGACUUGCACGCAGCUCCAGUCAAGUCCCCUUGAAGGCAGGGCAGCAGGAAAUCUUUCUGAAAUGCCAGAGUGUGAGUCAGCCCGAGCCCAGACAGGGGCGACCAGAGUCCGCCUCGGCAGAGGGAAGGCAGCAGGGCCCCUGGCCUGAGUCCAAGGUCACCAGCGGGUCCAGCCCUGCUCAGACGGCGUCUCCUGGCCUUUGCCCCCAGGAGCCACCUUCCAGCUGCUCUUGACCAGCAAUGACAGACUAUCUUUUCAAAAGAGCAGAAUUUUUCAGGAGGGCAGAAAAUGGAGAGAGUUUAAAGAAAAAAUGUAAAGAUGGUAACAACUGACCUACAAAGGGGAAUGGGCCAUUUUAUGCGCAAUAAAAGUUUUUACAAGAA